AUGAGCGAAAAAAUUAAAUCCAUAGAAAUUAAAUACAUAAAAAAAUACCACUCAGUACUUGAAUCCCAUUAAAUAAUUUGUUUAUAUCCAUUAGUUAAAAUGUACUUCCAUAUUAAUUAUGAUCUGACAUGUGCCAUAGCCAAUUUCAUAAAUUAAUAUAGUGACUUAAGCAUAUUUAAAAUUUUUAAGGCUGAACAAUAGUAAAAAGGAGACACCUCACAACCAUAAACAGAAUAAUAAGUAUAAUAAGAUAAAGAUGAUAUUACAUGGGAUCACUUUAAAUUUACUAUUAAAGAUAAAGAAGGUAAAGAAGAAAAAGAAAUAAAACUAAUAAGUACAAUGGUUGACAAACUCGAAAAAUUACAAGAAAAUAUGCAGGGUUUCAAAGAACAACUGUUUAUACAAUUCUCUAUUUGGAAUGAAGAUUAAAUAUAUGCCUAUCUAAGCAAAUGUAUAAAGGUAAUUAACUAUAUUGAAUAAAAGUAAAAAACAAUAAUGGAUGGAAAUUCUGACACUUAAAAUUUGGAAGAGGAAAUUGUCGAAUAAUUAAAAAAUGAAAAAGAAUGA